UCCGGCACGGCGCGUUGGAGCUAAUCCCCCAAUCGGCGAAUUUGGUUAAGGUUAACCAGAGAGAUGGGGAAAGCUUCAAGGGAUAAGAGGGAUAUCUACUACCGGAAAGCCAAAGAAGAAGGGUGGCGUGCUCGGAGCGCCUUCAAGCUUCUGCAGAUUGAUGAGGAGUUCAACAUCUUCGACGGAGUCAAGCGCGUCGUCGAUCUCUGUGCUGCUCCUGGUAGCUGGAGUCAGGUUUUGAGUCGGAAAUUGUAUCUCCCGGCGAAGCUUUCGUCGGAUUCUAAGGACGGGGAUGUGCCGCUUAUUGUAGCUAUUGAUUUGCAGCCGAUGGCUCCAAUUGAAGGUGUUAUUCAAGUGCAGGGUGAUAUAACUAAUGCCAGAACCGCCGAAGUAGUCAUCAGACAUUUUGAUGGUUGCAAGGCUGAUUUGGUUGUGUGUGAUGGUGCCCCAGAUGUUACUGGCCUUCAUGACAUGGAUGAAUUUGUUCAGUCCCAGCUCAUACUUGCAGGUUUAACAAUUGUUACUCAUAUACUAAAAGAAGGUGGUAAAUUUAUUGCAAAGAUAUUCCGUGGAAAAGAUACAAGUCUUCUCUAUUCUCAGCUGAAAGUAUUUUUCCCGAUUGUGACUUUCGCAAAACCAAAAAGUAGCCGCAAUUCCAGCAUAGAGGCAUUUGCAGUUUGUGAGAAUUAUUCUCCUCCUGAGGGAUUCGAUCCUAAGGAUCUGCAUCGCCUCCUAGAAAAGGUGGGAACUCCCUCUGGAGCAAAUGAUCUAGAUUGCAGUAGUGGGUGGUUGGAAGGACCAAAUAAGGUGUAUAUUCCAUUUUUAGCUUGUGGUGACCUCAGUGGGUAUGAUUCUGACCGUUCAUAUCCACUGCCUAAAGAUGCCAAUGGAGCUUACCGGAGCCUGGAUCCAGUCCAGCCCCCAAUUGCUCCACCCUAUAAGAGAGCUCUUGAACUGAAGAAAGCUUGAUAACCAGUCCCUGGAAUCUGGAAUCCUGACCACAUUAGUCAUUAUUAUUCUUUAUACAUUGCAUCAAAACAGUUGUUAAUGUUAGAAGUCGUACGACUUAAAUUGCAAAAGGAAUUUGUCCCAAAUGUUUUGAUAAUCAUUUCUCUGGUGUUGUAAUAUUAUGACUCGUGGAAAUCUAAUUAAUCUUCAAUCA